GAAAGGAGGAGGACAUUUGGGAGGAGGGAAAGAGGGAGAGAGAGGCAGAAAAGAGAUGGACAUGAUGUAGACAGAAACAACACUAUAUAUAUAAAGGAGAAAGAAAGAGAAAAAGCAGUGUGAUUACAAGUGCGUAUCUGCAAAAGGAAGCCAGGAGAGAGUGGACAGACAAACGAGUGGUGGGGAAGCAGAGGAAAAGAGCUGGGAACAGAGGAAGAGACACAGGCAGGACGGGAGAAGAAGGGAGACCGGAAUUAGAGAAAGGAAAGGAGAGAGAGAACAUGAGAGAGAGAGAGAGAGAGGGAGAGAGGGAGGGAGAGAGCGUGAGACAGCUGCAAUAAAGAACAAGUAACAAGUGGAGUCAGUUGAACAGAGAGACAGAGAGAGAGAGAGAGAGAGAGAGAGACCAAAAAAGGACUGAAGCCAGAGCAGACUUGACAGACGCUGAAGAGGAAAAGCAGGAAAAGUGAGGAAAAGAGAGCAAACGAGUGGGAAAGAGAGAGAGAGAAAGGAGGAGAGCGGUCCAUGUUCUACUGUCAGCUGGAUAGGCAAAGAGGGAAAGAGAGAGAGGAAGAGAGUGACAGAGGCAGAGUAAAGAAAAAAGCCAGAAAGGCCGAAGCACAGCCGAAAGUGAACCGGAGAGAGAGAGCGACAGAGCGACAGAGCAGAGGGAGGUAGAGCGGGCGGGGGAGCGGGACGGCCGGUGAGGGCACGAUGCGGACCCUGCGGAGCUGCUGAGGCCGGCGCCGGGGUGGGCCACAUGUCGACGGGCACUGAGCCGCGGGAGCUGGCCCUGCCGGGCACGGGCACGCACGGGCCAGUGGGGCUGCAGACGCUGCUGGACCUGCUGGUGGGCGUGUACCAGGAGUUCCUGUCCUCACCCUUCGCCAGGGAGAAGUUCGUCUCGGGCUUCCUCAAGUGGGCCGAGCCCCUGGUGAGACAGGUGAAGAAGAUGCGAAUACAGAAGGACGACUUUGACAUCCUCAAGGUGAUUGGCCGCGGAACCUUCAGUGAGGUUGCCGUGGCGCGCAUGCGCAGCACGCAGCAGGUCUAUGCCCUGAAGAUCAUGAACAAGUGGGACAUGCUGAAACGGGGGGAGACAGCAUGUUACCAGGAGGAGCGGGAGGUCCUGCUGAAGGGGGAUCCACUCUGGAUCACAAAGCUCCACUACGCCUUCCAGGAUGACAACUACCUGUACCUGGUGAUGGAUUACUACGUUGGUGGAGACCUGCUUACGCUGCUUAGUAAAUUUGGGGACCGCUUCCCUGAAGACAUGGCUCACUUCUACCUGGCUGAGAUGGUCAUGGCCAUCAACUCUAUCCACAGACUGGGCUACGUACACAGGGAUAUCAAGCCUGACAACAUCCUGCUGACGGCCGGGGGCCACGUGCGGCUGGGGGACUUUGGGUCCUGCCUGAGGCUGCAGAAGGACGGAAUGGUCUACUCGUCCCUGGCGGUGGGGACUCCAGACUACCUGUCCCCUGAGAUCCUGCGGGCCGUAGAGGGGGGAGGGGGGUAUGGCCUGGAGUGCGACUGGUGGGCGCUUGGCAUCUGCGCCUACGAGAUGCUGUUCGGGACCACGCCCUUCUACGCAGAGUCUCUCACUGAGACCUAUGCCAAAAUCAUCCACUUUCAGGAUCACUUUGAGCUCCCGCCCGCUGGCUCUGAGGUGUCUGCGGAGGCGCGCUCCCUCAUGGCCGGCCUGAUCUGUGAGCGGGAGGAGCGUCUGGGCUCCGGGGGCUUUGAGGACUUCGCUAACCACCCCUUCUUCUGUGGCCUGGACUGGGAUUCCCUGCACCUCCUCCCCGGCCCCUUCCAGCCCGAGGUCUCCAACGCCACCGACACCUCCAACUUCGACGUGGUGGACGACUGCCUCAGCGACACGGAGACGCUGUGUGAUGUGAUGGACAGGGUGCCUGUGGGGGUCCAUCUGGCCUUUGUUGGCUUCUCCUACACAGCAACCAGAGAAACAGGUGCUCAGGACCACAGCCAUGACAUCAUGAUGGAGAUUGAUAAUCGACCAAUGAGAGAUUCCAAACGGCUACUGUUCCAAGAGAAUCUGAAUGAGGUAUGGCAGCUCAGUGAGGACCUGCAGGCCACCCUGCCUGCCAUGCUCAAGCUCCCCCUAGAGCCGGGACAGGGCACUGCGGAUUCUCCACACUGCGUGGAUGAAACAAUCCAGAGCUCUGCACACACUCUGGAUCUAGACAGGAGACUGCGGGAGGCAGAGAGGAGGAACAGAGAGAUAGAGGAAGAGAUGGAGAGACUGAGGAAGGAGAUAAAGACCCUGAGGGACAUCAGGGAGACAGAGCUGAGUGUCUGCCUGCCACGCCCCUCUCUGCCUGCCCACCACCCGGACCCCACGGGGGACGGAGCAACAGCGCCCCCUGCCUGCCAUUACCCACUGGUCAUCCCUCUUCUCCGUCACCUGCUGCUGUUCCACAGGGUGCGCUGGCCCCAGGUGGUGUGUGAAGGUUACCUGCUGGUGUGUGCCGAGGGAACAGAGCCGCAAGCCUGGAGCAGAAAGUGCUGUGCAGACCUGUCCUAAUGGCCUGCUCUCCCCCCCAACCCGCACCAAUGGACCUGUCCUAAUGUCCUGCUCUCCCCCCCAACCCGCACCAAUGGACCUGUCCUAAUGUCCUGCUCUCCCCCUCAACCCGCACCAAUGGACCUGUCCUAAUGUCCUGCUCUCCCCCCAACCCGCACCAAUGGACCUGUCCUAAUGUCCUGCUCUCCCCCCAACCCGCACCAAUGGACCUGUCCUAAUGUCCUGCCUCUCCCCCCAACCCGCACCAAUGGACCUGUCCUAAUGUCCUGCUCUCCCUCCCAACCCGCACCAAUGGACCUGUCCUAAUGUCCUGCUCUCCCCCCCAACCCGCACCAAUGGACCUGUCCUAAUGUCCUGCUCUCCCCACCAAUCCGCACCGAUGGACCUGUCCUAAUGUCCUGCCCUCCCCCCAACCUGCACCAAUGGACCUGUCCUAAUGUCCUAAUAUCCUGACCCCCCUGAACCACACCAAUGGACCUGCCCUAAUGUCCUGCUCUCCCCCCCAACCUGCACCAAUGGACUUGUCCUAAUGUCCUAAUAUCCUGACCCCCCUGAACCAUGCCACUGGACCUGUCCGAAUGUCCUGACUCCCCCCUGACCCACAUCAGUGGACCUGUCUUAAUGCUCUGACCUGAGGAUGGUGUGAUUUUGGGACACUGAGACACAUGCAGCACAGGGCAGGACAGCACAGCCCCCUCAUUCAGCACAGAAGGCCAUAGGCUUUCUGGAAGGUUCUCAGGAGGGACCAGAGAGACUGAGUAGCAGCGCUGGGCAUCGGAGAGUAGACCCUGGGGGAACCAGGGGUAAAGGGACAGAUCCCCUGCCCGCCACCGCCCCCGCUGAAUUGGCAGGAUGACCCAUCCCUCCCCACCCCACCCCUGCACGAUCUGCAAAGGCCCCACUAGAGGUCUUGGUGAGACCUGUAUUUAUUGAUAUCUAAGUUAUUUAAAGAGAAGAAUAUUUUUACAUGACUGAAUGGGACAAAAUGGCAAAUGCACUUCUGGACAGGAUGCGGUGGCUAUUCUUAACACAGACAGACAGACAGAAAGACAGUAGAGGAAAGACGCACAGGAUGACAUCUGAGGACAUGUGUUUGCAGUCCUGAGAUAAGUCUAAGACCAUCAGUAUUUAGAGGAAUCACACAAGUGGCCCUCUUUUUACAUACACACACACACACACACACACACACACACACUAUACGCACACACAUGUACACACAAACACACACACACACACCUUACAGUCACACUGCCAUAUACACGCUCAAAUAUACAAGCAUAGGAUGCUGGUAACUGACAGACAGUCAGACCUCUAAGGACAGACAGAGACCAGGAGAUUAAAGCAAUGACUGACAGGUGGAUGCAGUGGAGGGUGCCUUGUACCGCCUUCUCCCCAGUCAAAUGUCUGAGCCCCCUCGAGCAGAAGGGGUUCCAACUGCAAGCGGUGGCAGCAGCAGCAGUAUGGAGGAUCGGUGACAGCAACCAGAGGUGUGGGCUCAAAUUCCAGAUGAGACACUGCCAUUUUACCAACAAGCAAGGCAGUUUAGCUCUGAAUCAGAAUGCUUAGGAUGUGUAAAUCACCAAGACAGGAUGAGUUCUAUUAGUGAUGUCAUGAUGGGUUGCCAGGCAGGGCAUUAAUACCUGCAGACCUCUCUGUGAACAUUUCCCAGUGAUGGAUAAUUUGCCUACAGAUAUUUUCAUGUUCACUCUGAUUGUUCCAGUAACUUGUACAUGUCAUUGUGUGAGGUUGUUGCACACUGUUUUUUGUUUUGUUUUGUUUUUUUGGUUUGGAUUUACACGUUGAUUGCUGCACUGAAUACUGGGAUUAUGAAUGAGUGAGCAAGGUCAUAUAGAGUGCGUGAGUGCAUGAGUGAGCAACAGUAAGUGAAUUUGUGAGUUUUUGUUUGUGUGAAUGAGUGAGUGGUCAAGUGAACACUUGAGUGUGUGAAUGGUUGUGAUUGGGUGAAUGAGUGAGUUUGUAAAUAAGUGUGAGUGAAUAAAUGGUAUAAGUUGAGUUCACAGAGUGGAGAGCUCUAUAAGAGAACUGGUGUGUCUUAUCGAAUUUGGAAUAAAUAUUUGCAAUACAUUAGUCAGUGCAUGAAAGUAACAUUUUCAUUUACCAGGUGAAAUAUUUUAUAUAAUUUGUUUUUUGAAGAGGUUUUGAGUUUGAUUUUAAAACAAGCCAAAUAAAACAUUCAGUG